UUGAACUUUGUAUUUCUUAUAAUUUCUCUUUCGCUAAUAGCAUAUUUAUUUCCUUUUAGAAAGCAUAGAAAGUGUAAUUAUGCAGGCCUAUUCUUUAUAUACUUGAACCUUGUGUACUCUUUCCGCCUUUUCUCCUUGUCUAUUCUCUGUAGUUGAACUGGUGUACACUUUUCGAACUUAAAGUGAAAUAGAUAUAACUAGAUAUAAUUCAUAUCAACAGCCUAGAAUAAAAGACGUACAUGCACACAAACUGUCGAUUACAAUCUGAAGGAAACUUGUAUAAUUAGAAAAGACACACCUCACACAUUACAGAGAAUUAGUUAGAAAAAUUUCAUUGUAUAAUGGAAGAAGAAGAUAGGUCACAUUACAUAUAUCUUUUAAAAAAUCUCCCAACUUGUUUAGCAAAUAUUUUCGAAUAUGAUAAUGAAGAAGAAAGAUCUCGAGAAAUAGCUGUUGCUCUAAUGACCUGUUAUUCUGUGUAUCUAAAAAAAUAUGCUUUUACUGAAGUGAGAGAUUUUAGAACUAAACAAGUUGUUCAGAUAUAUAAAUCACUUCUUAGCAAAGGCGAUGAGUAUGUAACGUCUCCUGAAGCUUGGCAAAAAGCCUUAAGAUUGGAAGCAAAAAGAGAAAGAAAAUUUAUUAUGAACACAUUGACAACUACUACUAGAGAGAAACUUGUUCAAUUAAUGGAAGAAUAUAGAGUAUCAUCAGAACAAUGGUAUUUACUUCUAAAUUUGUUAUUUAAUGUUAAAAAGAAUAUGAAAGUUUUGCCUAAUGGUAGUAUACAAUUACCACCUGGAAAAGAGAUAGAUGAUAUCAUAAACAUAAUCUGUAGAGAUGAAAUAGAACAAAUUUAUGUAUUUACUUAUUCAUUAAUUGCACGCUUACGGAAAUUCUAUUCUGUUAGACAAAUUGUGAGAGUAUUAGUUGAAUGA